AUGAAGACAAGCUCCCAAAUCCGCCUUUUACUGUGGAAAAACUGGACUCUCCGCAAGAGGCAGAAGAUUCGCUUCCUGAUUGAGAUCUUCUGGCCAGUCUUGUUAUUCAUUGGUCUGGUGUGGCUAAGGAAGGCCAAUCCACUGUACCAACAACAUGAGUGUCAUUUCCCAAACAAGGCGAUGCCCUCCACGGGGAUCUUACCCUGGAUCCAGGGCAUCUUCUGCAAUGCCAACAACCCCUGCUUCAGAUAUCCAACCAGAGGAGAGUCUCCAGGAGUCGUCUCCAACUAUAAUAAUUCUGUAUUGGCAAAGUUUUACGCCGAUGCCCAGGAGCUCCUGCUCAACGACCAGGAGGUCCAGCAGUUCGGCCGUCUCUGGAAUCAAAUGUCGUCCUUCUCAAACUUCAUGGAAACAUUGCGCAACAGGCCGUCUUCAGUGUUAGGUCGUGGGCUGAAGAUAAAUGACAUUUUGAAGGAUGAUGAAGUUCUCACAGCUUUCCUGUUGCGAGACGCCGGCCUGUCUAACUCUAUAGUUUACGAGCUCGUCAACGCAGAGAUACGACUAGAACAGUUUGCCUUCGGCAUCCCAGACCUGCAGUUGAAAGACAUAGCCUGCAGCCAGGCCCUGCUGGAGCGCUUCAUCAUCUUCCCCACUCGCAUGGGCCUCCAUGGGGUGCGCAACGCCAUGUGUGCCCUCAGUCAACAAAGGCUGCAGAAGAUAGAGGAUAUCCUGUAUGCUAAUCUGGACUUCUUCAAAAUCUUCAAACUGAUGCCUCAGGUCUUGGACAGGAGCUCCGAAGGGAUUGACCUACACUUCUGGGGUCAGGUUCUUAAAGCGACGUCGGAGAAGAUCCAAGUUCUGAUGGAGCGGGAGGGCUCUCGGGAGCUCCUGAAGGCUGUCACCUCUCUGUUCAGUGCUGAAGGUCCGUCCUCCUUCACCAAGCUGAUGUCCAGCGUGUCCAGCCUCUUCUGUGGAUACCCAGAGGGAGGCGGCUCCAGGGUGCUGUCCUUCAACUGGUAUGAGGACAACAACUACAAGGUGUUUCUAGGGGUGAAUGGCACCAAGAGCUACAACUAUGUCUAUGAUGACACCACCACUCCUUUCUGCAACUCCCUGAUGCAGACCCUGGAGUCCAACCCCGUCACAAAAAUCGUGUGGAAUUCAGUCAAACCCCUGCUGAUGGGAAAGAUCUUGUACACCCCCGACUCCCCCGCCGUCCGCAAGAUAUUAAAGAGUGCCAACACAACAUUUGAGGAGUUAGAGAGGCUGAGGAACAUGGCCAAGGCGUGGGAGGAGAUGGGACCUCAGCUCUGGGCUUUCUUCCAUAACAGUGUCCAGAUGAACAUGAUCAGGGACACCUUAAGAAACCCGACAGUGACGCACUUCAUGGACGAAACUCUGGAGGACACAAAUUUUACCACCAAAGACAUUAUUAACUUCUUGCACAAUGGUCAAGACGAAGAGAGGGAGGUGGGCAUGGCCAACUUUGACUGGAGGAACAUUUUUAACAUCACUGACGAUCUCAUACGCAUGUUCAACCAGUAUGGAGAGUGCAUCAGCCUGGAUAAGUUUAUGGCCUUCAGUGAUGAAUCCCAGAUGAUCCACCAGGCCUUGCAUCUACUAGAGGAGAACAAGUUUUGGGCUGGCGUGGUCUUCAUGGACAUGUAUCCCUGGACCACAAGUGUCCCACCACAUGUCAAGUAUAAGAUCCGCAUGGACAUUGACGCGGUGGAGCGCACCAACAAGAUCAAAGACAGGUACUGGGACCCCGGCCCCAGAGCAGACCCCAUGGAGGAUCAGAGGUACAUCUGGGGAGGUUUUGCCUACCUGCAGGACAUGAUUGAACAUGGCAUCAUCAAGCUUCACACAGGCAACGACUGGCCACUUGGGGUCUACGUUCAGCAGAUGCCCUAUCCAUGCUAUGUGGAUGACCUCUUCAUGAUCACACUGAACCGCUGCUUCCCGAUAUUCAUGGUGUUGGCUUGGAUCUACUCUGUGUCCAUGACUGUGAAAAGCAUCGUGCUGGAGAAAGAGCUGCGUCUCAAGGAGACUCUCAAAGCAAUGGGGGUUGACAACGGAGUCAUUUGGUACACCUGGUUCAUUGACAGUUUCAUCAUCAUGACUGUAAGCACGGCGCUGCUCACCUCCAUCGUCAUGGGUGGAAAAGUGCUGAAUUACAGCAACCCCCUCCUUGUCUUCUUCUUCCUGCUGACCUUCACUAUUACCACCAUCAUGCAGUGUUUCCUUAUGAGUGUGUUCUUCAACAAAGCCAACCUGGCAGCUGCCUGCAGCGGCAUCAUCUACUUCACCCUCUACCUGCCUCACAUCCUCUGCUUCGCCUGGCAGGACCGCAUCACCAACAACAUGAAGUUGGCUGCUAGCUUUUUGUCUCCAGUGGCCUUUGGAUUUGGCACAGAGUACCUGUCACGGUACGAGGAGCAAGGUUUGGGUCUGCAGUGGGAUAACAUCCGGACUAGCCCACUAGAGAAAGAUUCCUACUCUUUCCUCACCUCCGUCCUCAUGAUGGUGAUUGAUGCUGUCCUCUACGGCAUCCUGGCCUGGUAUCUGGAUAAUGUCUUCCCAGGACAGUAUGGCGUUGGUCGGCCAUUCUACUUCCCUUUCCAGUCAUCGUACUGGCAAAGCGCUGCACCUCCACACACAGAAAUGGCUGAUCAAGAUCCUGAGAAUCCUGAACCAGACAACAUGGAGAAGGACAUUGACAGCAGGGGCACACCAGAAACAUAUACCUGUAACGGCACAGGGGACAGGAAAGUCUGUAAGCACCAAAGUAAAAGAGAUCGAAUAGAGAGAGAGAAGGAGCUGCUGAGAAGACAAGAGGAAACUCCAAACCAGGAGGAGGAGGAGGGUCAGGACUCAGGGAAGGAAGGCCAGCUGUUCUUUGAGUCUGACCCCGUAGGCCUGGUGUUGGGGGUACAGAUCGAGGACCUGGUGAAGGUGUUUGAUGGAUGUUCUCGUCCUGCUGUCAACUGUCUCAACAUCAAUUUCUACGAGGGCCAGAUCACCUCCUUCCUAGGGCACAACGGUGCUGGAAAAACCACCACCAUGUCCAUCCUGACUGGCCUAUACCCUCCGACAUCUGGCACAGCGUACAUUAAUGGAAGAGACAUUAGGACCGACAUAGAUAUCAUCCGUACCUCUAUGGGGAUGUGUCCUCAGUACAACAUCCUCUUCAAUCAUCUCACAGUGGAGGAGCACAUCCUAUUCUAUUCACUGCUGAAGGGUCGGAGUCAGGCGGAGGCGGAGAGGGAGGUCGAGGACAUGCUGGUAGACCUGGGACUGCCUCACAAGAGAGACGACGAGGCUCAAAAUCUCUCAGGUGGUAUGCAGAGGAAACUGUCAGUUGCCAUGGCGUUUGUUGGAGGGUCAAAGGUUGUCAUCCUGGAUGAGCCAACUUCAGGAGUGGAUCCCUAUUCCAGGAGAUCCAUUUGGGACCUUCUUCUGAAAUACCGAGCUGGCCGUACAGUUAUUCUGUCCACUCACCACAUGGACGAGGCCGACCUGCUGAGCGACCGCAUCGCCAUCAUCUCCAAAGGACAACUCCACUGUUGCGGUUCUCCCCUCUUUCUAAAAAACUGUUUCGGAGUGGGUUUCUAUCUGACUCUUGUACGCCGUAUGAAGGAUCAUAAAAAGAGAGAGAACGACUGUGACUGUGCCUCAGACUGCUCCUGUGCUUGCUCCAUAUGUACCGGAUACAAAGAUCAGUCUCAGAACCAGUCCCAGCAUCUCGACAGAGUCCUGGAUGGGGAUAUAGACAGCAUCACCACCCUCAUCCACCACCACGUCCCCGAAGCCAAGCUGAUCGAGAUGAUCGGCCAGGAGUUGACCUAUCUGCUCCCCAAUAAGGGCUUCAAGCAUCGGGCGUAUGCCAGCCUGUUUAGGGAACUGGAGGAGACUCUUGCUGACAUGGGCCUCAGCAGCUUCGGCAUCUCAGAUACAUCACUAGAGGAGAUAUUCAUAAAGGUCACUGCAGAUGGAGAAGCAGCGAAUAAUGCCACCACUCCUGAGCAGUGGAUGUUACUGCAGAGAAACAACGGCACCAACAUUGGUGCAGAUGGAAAAGAAGAAUAUAACGGCAUGGCGCAAAGUAACGGCAUGACCCAUGGUGCAUCAGACAGCAGUGCAGGGAGGGGCUCCCAGCAGGUGAAAGGAACAACACUGACCCUGAAGCAGUUUCAUGCUCUGCUAAUGAAGAGGUUCCACCACGCCACACGAAGCCAGAAAGAUUUCUUGGCACAGAUCGUCCUGCCUGCCAGUUUUGUCCUGAUUGCGCUCAUCUUCACAAUGGUCGUCCCUCCAUUCGGGGAGUAUCCCAGUCUGACUCUGAGCCCCUGGAUGUACGGGCCACAGUUCACCUUCUUCAGUAACGAGCAACCGUUUGACCCCACAAUGAAACGCUUCACAGAACGCGUGUUAAACCCACCGGGCCUGGGGACCCGCUGUAUGGAGGGAGAACCACUGGGAAUGUCCUGCAGAAACUAUACAUCAGAAUGGGAGCUUCCUGACGUCUCCCCUCUGGUCAGCAACAUCUUACAGAGUCCCGCGUGGAACCAGAGAAACCCCUCACCUUCCUGCCAGUGCAGCACCACAAAGAAGCUGACCAUGAUGCCCAUCUGUCCGAUCGGAGCAGGAGGCCUACCCCCUCGGCAACGGACCGAAGCAACGGGAGACACGAUGAUGGAUCUGACGGAGAGAAAUAUCUCUGACUACCUGGUCAAAACCUAUCCUACUCUCAUCAGAGCAGGUUUGAAGAGCAAAUACUGGGUGAAUGAACAAAGAUAUGGCGGUUUGUCGGUAGGGGGUCAGCUUCCUAUUCUUGACGUCAGCCCAAAAGACAUUCAGGAUGUUUUCCAUCAACUUGGGCGAAUGCUCAACAUCACGGCGGGUUACUAUUCUCGACUUGCACUCCAGGAGAUCGGUCCUUUCUUACGAUACAUGGAAAGUGAAUUCAACAUAAAGGUAUGGUACAAUAACAAAGGCUGGCAUGCCAUGGUGGCCUUCAUGAAUGUGGCCAAUAACGCCAUUCUACGGGCCUUCCUACCCCCAACUGCCAAACCUGUCGAGUUUGGCAUCACCGCCAUCAACCACCCGCUCAACCUCACCAAAGAGCAGCUUUCUGAAGUCACUGUGUUGACCACUUCAGUAGAUGCCGUGGUGGCGAUCUGUGUGAUUUUCGCCAUGUCCUUCAUCCCUGCCAGCUUUGUCCUCUACCUCAUUCAGGAGCGUGUGACCAAAGCCAAACACCUGCAGUUUGUCAGCGGGGUCAGCCCUUUAGUUUACUGGGUGGCCAACUUCUUCUGGGACAUGAUGAACUACUCCAUCAGCACUGCAAUGGUGGUUGGCAUUUUCAUGGCUUUUGACAAAAAGUGUUACACAUCACCGUCCAACUUGCCAGCUCUAAUAGCACUGCUUCUAUUGUAUGGGUGGGCAGUGACUCCCAUGAUGUAUCCGAUGUCCUACAUAUUCAGCAUCCCAAGUACAGCUUACGUCUCUCUGUCCUGCAUCAACCUGUUCAUCGGCAUCAACAGCAGCGCCAUCACCUUCAUCCUGGAGCUUUUUGAAAACAAUAGAUCUUUGCUGACGUUCAAUGAGUGGCUGAAGAAAGGCCUGCUGAUAUUUCCUCACUUCUGCCUGGGGCGAGGUCUUAUAGACAUGGCCAUGAACCAGGCUGUUACUGAUGUUUAUGCCAGAUUUGGUGAGGAGUACACAGCAGACCCUUUCCGGUGGGACUUUUUGGGGAAAAAUAUUGCUUUCAUGGCAGUGGAAGGCUUCGUCUACUUUCUUCUCAAUCUUCUGAUUCAGUAUCGUUUCUUCUUGGACCACUGGUUAUCAGACAGCAAGAAGACUCGAGUUAAAGAUGAAGAUGACGACGUGGCAGCAGAGAGGCAGAGAAUUUACGAAGGAGGGAGCAAAUCAGACAUCCUGAUGAUCAGAGACCUCUCUAAGAUGUACGGAGGCAGGAAGAGGGCAGCUGUGGACCGGAUUUGUGUGGGCGUCCCUGCAGGAGAGUGCUUUGGUCUCUUGGGAGUUAAUGGAGCUGGAAAAACUACAACCUUCAAAAUGCUGACUGGUGACACUGAUGUCAGCUCUGGGGAAGCAACUGUGGCUGGUUACAGCAUCCUGUCAGAGAUUCUGGAUGUGCACCAGAACAUGGGCUACUGCCCUCAGUUUGAUGCCAUCGAUGAGCUCUUAACCGGCAGAGAGCAUCUCUAUCUCUACGCUCGUCUCAGAGGAGUGCCUGAGUCAGAGAUCCCCAGGGUGGCAGAGUGGGGCAUCCAGAAACUGGGUCUGACAGAGUAUGCGGACCGAUGUGCAGGGACUUACAGUGGAGGCAACAAGCGCAAACUGUCCACAGCUAUUGCAAUGAUUGGCUGCCCCGCUGUGGUGCUGCUGGAUGAGCCCACGACAGGGAUGGACCCCCACUCUCGACGCUUCCUGUGGAAUGCCAUCAUGAGUGUCAUUCAGGAUGGCAGGGCCGUGGUGCUAACAUCACACAGUAUGGAGGAGUGUGAGGCGCUCUGCACUCGAUUGGCCAUCAUGGUCAAUGGGACCUUCAAGUGUCUGGGCACCAUCCAGCAUCUCAAGUACAAAUUUGGUGACGGCUAUGUAGUGACCAUGAAAAUCAAGGCAGAUAAACCCGGCUUGUCCCCCGAGCUGGAGCCUGUCGAGAGCUUCAUGGAGAGCUGCUUCCCGGGCUGCGUUCAGAGGGAGAAGCACUACAACACGCUGCAGUACGAGAUCACCACCUCCUCCUCUCUUGCCAGGAUCUUUCAGCUCGUGGUGGCCAAUAAAGAGAGGCUCAGCAUCGAAGACUAUUCUGUUUCCCAGACAACACUAGACCAGGUGUUCGUCAACUUUGCCAAGCAACAAACAGGAGAAGACGAGGACGUUACGUUACAACGACGAACUGCAGGAGGGCGAAAAGUCAUCAAGAUCUCACCAGUGAAGAGGAAAACAUGAAAAUGUAAAACUGCACAUGU